AUGUCGAUAGAAACUAUCAAUGUAGCCGCACUCCUCAUGGGCGUCGGGGAGGACCUCGUCCUGCGAGAACAGCCUGUUCCAACCCCAGGCGCGAGCGAAGUCCUGGUUCACAACCACGCCCUUGCCGCCAAUCCCGUCGACUGGAAAGCGCAGACUCUUGGGUUCCUGGGAGGGUCGUAUCCACACUGUCUUGGUGCAGAUCUUGCAGGCGUCGUGGUCAGAAUCGGGUCAUCCGUCGACGGGUUCAAGCCAGGAGAUCGUGUGCUGGCGAGUGCAAGCGGCAUCGUGACCCAAAACCCCAACCACGGAGGCUUCCAGACCUUGACGGCCGUGGACGUGGCUUCGGUCACCAAGAUCCCGGACUCGACCUCCUUCACCGAGGCCGCCACCCUACCCCUGGCCAUCGAUACCGCGGCCCAGGCCUUCUUUCACAAUCUCGCCCUGCCCUACCCCGGCGAGCCCGGGGGUAAAAAGCCUGGAUCGGCCCUGCCCGGCGACGUGCUUCUGGUGUGGGGCGCUGCCGGCUCCGUGGGCCGGGCGAUCGUACAGCUUGCCCGCAUCUUGGGAAUAGAGGUGUACGCGACGGCGAGUGCGCGCCACCACGACGCCCUCGGGAAGCUGGGCGCAAGCUUCGUCGUAGACUACCACUCAGCUACCGCGGUCGAAGAGCUCAAGGCCACCGCUGCCGCCGCUGACAAGCGUAUAUUCGUCGCGGUAGACUGCAACACCAGCGCUGACAGCCUUGCUUAUGUAUUUGGGGUCCUCUCGGAUGGGGACGGCGGCGUGAGGAAAACGGUGGUGACUAUGCAGCCUUUGGAUUGGAUCCAGCCUAGCGUGGUGGUCCCUGAAGAUGUCGACAUCAGCUUUGUGGAUGGAGCGAGCAAGUAUACGUCGCGGCUGGACAUCCAGACGUGGCUCCACGGCAAGGGGUUGCCUGGCUGGUUGGAGAGUGGCGAGAUGGUCCCCGGGCCAUAUCGUGUUGUACCGGGCGGCCUCGGUGGGCUUCAGGCUGCCCUUAACGAGCUGAGAUCAGGCGCUGUGAGUGGCGAGAAAUUGGUGGUUGUGGUUUAG